AUGGGACAACAGAAGACAGAAAAUUGUUAUAUUCUCUCUGGACUUGAAAUAACUGACGUGAAUGGUGACAAUCCAAUAGAUCUUCCUCCUAUUUACACACAACCAGAAUUACCUGUGUCCAGGAAAGACAUAAUUUCACUGGAGGACCUUCAAAGAUGGCCGCAUUUAAGAGACAUUCACAUUGACAGAAUACCAAUAGAUAGUGAUAUCGGUUUGUUAAUCGGUGUCAAUGUUCCUAAAGCAAUGGAACCAUGGGACAUAAUUCCUAGUAAAGACAAUGGUCCAUUUGCUAUGAAGACUCUCCUUGGUUGGGUAAUCAAUGGACCAAUCGACACAGUUCCAGAAAAUGGCAUUUUCAACACAUUCGUCACGGUCAAUCGCAUUGAUGCAAGAUUAGAAGAACAGAUAAGAAACCAGUUUAAUCAUGACUUUUGUGAGCGGGCGAUCGAUGAUGUUCCAGAGCCGUCAAAGGAAGAUAACACUUUCGUAGAAUUGGUAAAAAAGUCAGUUCAUUUUGAGGAUGGACAUUAUAUCAUUGACUUACCUUUCAAAUCUAAAACUGUUACAAUGCCUAACAACAGAAAACAAGCAGAACAGAGACUGAUUUCAUUAUCCCGAAAAUUUGAAAACAACAUUGAAUUUUGUGACAGUUAUAAAGCAUUUAUGGACAAAAUUAUCAGUGAAGGUUACGCACAACAAGUUCCUACUGAGAACCUACAACAAAACGAUGGACGUGUGUGGUAUUUGCCGCAUCAUGGUGUAAUUCAUCCCAAGAAGAAUAAACUGCGUGUUGUAUUCGAUUGUGCAGCCAAGUUCAAGGGAACUUCACUAAAUAAUCAGUUGUUACAAGGCACUAAAUUGACAAACACACUUAUUGGAACUCUGAUCAGAUUUCGGGAAGAUGAGAUAGCUGUAAUGGGUGAUAUUGACAGCAUGUUCUACCAAGUGCGUGUACCUCUCCAGGAUGCUUCAUUUCUUCGAUUCCUGUGGUGGAAAGAUGGAGAUCCUUCGAAAAGUGUAACUGAAUACCAAAUGGUUGUGCAUUUGUUUGGUGCAACAUCUUCACCUAGUUGUGCCAACUUUUGUCUUCGAAAAACAGCUCAGGAUUGGAAAGGAUAUUCCAGUGAAGAGACUGUUAACACCGUUCUCAAAAACUUCUACGUAGAUGAUUGUCUUAAGUCUGUCAAAUCUGUGAACGAAGCUGUAAUCUUAGUGAAAGACUUACAAUGA